AUGGUGGAUAUCUUUGCUGCCUUGCACUACACGGAGGAAAGGCAGAAGGAUCUAGCCGUAGUCCAAAUUAACGCUUUCAGCGAUGCAGUAGAGAAGGCAAAACGAGUGGAAAGCGCCAGGCUCCAAGUGAGGAACUUCCAAGCUAAAAAGCGAGGAUUUCCUGGUAGCGGUUCUGGACAGGGUGAUAAGAGUACCCCUUCCAAGUUUGGAUGGGAAACCGGAGGUGGAAGGCAGCCGGGAGUAGCGAGAGGGGCUCAGUCCAAAGAUGGCCAAGCUGGGCGAGGCCAAAGAGGAAAUUUCCAGGGGGGCUCAGUUUCUGUAUCUCGCGGUCCCUGUGGGCAUUGUGGGAAGUCAAACCACACAGAAGACAAUUGCUGGAGGAAAGAAGGGAAAUGUUUACGCUGCGGAAGCGCAGACCACCAACUUGCCACUUGCCCAGUUCUAAAGCAAGAUGGAAAGCGAAGCCAACAACCGCCGAGAACCAAUUCUGGACCAACUAAGAGAGAAGGGACUAAACUCAAGGUGCCGGCUCGAGUGUACUCACUAGAGCCACAGCAGGUCUCAGACUCUUCCGAGGUCAUAGAAGGUACGAUCCCUGUAUUUCACCGAUUUACGAAGGUCUUAGUAGAUCUCGGUGCCACCCAUUCCUUUGUUAACCCUAAUUUCAUGUGUGAUAUUGAUAUCAACCCUGCUAGUUUACCUUAUGACCUAGAAGUUAGUACCCCCACUGGGGACCAUCGUUUGAUCACUAGCAUGGUUUAUAAGGACUGCGAGGUUUAG